AAGGAUCCAUCAAAAUUUCUAGCAUGUCGGUAAAGUCUCUCUCGUUGUCUGACCUCUAAUUGACCAUCGACUGGUCGUGAUUGUUUCCAUUCUUCUCUCGUCCAGACUGCUGCUGCAGCAAGCGUUCUCAAGCUUGAAAGGUGAUUAACAUGUGUCUACGCAGGAGUUACAGCACACGGUUUCUCUCAUUUGAGACUUUCUGAGUCAACCUGCGUGAGAGUUUUAGUCCAGCUCAACUCGCAAGUGACUAUGCUGCUCCCUUCUGAGCUGUUGCAGAUGCUUUAGAGAUGACCGUCAUAUACAUCAUCCUCUGAAUUGUUUUGUUGCAGUGGUAGUUGAAACGAAAGAGAGUAGACCUGGAGAUCCAUGGGAAACUUUACCUAUCGAAUUUCUGAUCAAAGUUCUCAGAGAUCAUGGUCUACCAGUUUCCACACUUGCAGCAUGUCGUUCAGUCUGUAAGAAGUGGAUGGAAAUCGUUGAUGGUCCUGAUUUACGGAACAAAAUCUGGAAUAAACAUGUCAUUGUCUAUUGUGAUACUUUUACUGACGGCACGGCCUUCUUCAAGCUGAUUUUGGGAGGAGUUCUACUCCCAGAUGAUCGCAGAUCUUUGAUUUACUACUCGACGACCGGCACAUGGUCGUGGCUUGCUCAUCCGUUUCCUGCUAAUAUGGAACUGGGGUGGCAAGGAGGGAAAUGAGUAGCAUGUGGUGGAUGUCUGUAUUGGCUCGUAUGGAAUCGUAGGGACCACAUGAAAGCUCUAUUGAUAUUUGAUCUGCAAGAGGAGAAGUGGAAGACCUUGUUAGAGAAAUCCGAGGAGGACAAGCCAGGCUCCCUUCAGAUUGCUGCGUAUGAAGGACAUGUGUGCUUACUCGCCUUGGAUUGGUUUCCUCUCAACGGGUCGUUCGGUCGCAGGAGCUAUGGUGGAGCAUUUCUCCAGCAUCCAAUGGUCCGGGCAAUGGAAGAACUCGAGAACUCUGGGAAGGGGAAGAAGGCAGACCUUUUCUCCUUUAUGCCGCAGGAAGCCGUGAUGCCUUCUUCGUCUUCAAUCGAGAAUAUAAUGAACUCGUGGUGGCGAAAUACUCGGCUGGAUUCGGCUUGCUGUUUUUUAUUCCCGAACCUCCUUUUCGCGAUGUCCAUGACUUUCGUUUCUGGAGAAUUCUGCUGCAAACACUCCCGGACCCCUGGUGUGCAAUAAUUCCAACGCCCGGAGUAUGUGCAGAGCAUGAGUGGAUAACACAGCCGCGGAGAGAGCCGCAGGAGGAGGUGCUGGAAGCUCCGAGGGGAGAGGCUGCGCCGGAAGCUCAAGCAUGAGGAGAGGAGUUGUCGGAAGGCUCAGGAAUCGAAGAGGCAUUGGAAUUCCCGGGAGAAGAAGGGCAGCAUUAGGAGCUCCAAGAAAGAUCAGUUUCUUAACCAGAACUAUAACAUUGUCUAAAACUAUCGAUUCUUAACCAGAACUAUAAC